AUGAUGCCACUGUUUGACAGCACAGACAACCCGUAUCUGACCUCAAGGCUGUACAAGGCCCUGUCGCACGAGACUGCCCACCAUAGCACCGAAACCCAAGAGCAUACAUACCACGCCAUCUACCAGGUGCCCUAUCCCGGCGCCCGCAUGUAUGAUCCUCGAAUGUCCCCAGAGUCCCUGAGGUCCUCCAGAUGGACACCAAUCAGUCAUGACGACGUCUUUCUUACCCGCCUUCUCGAGGACUAUUUCCUGUACGAGUAUCCUCUCUGGCCCUGCUUCCACAAAGAUCACCUCCUCGACGACAUGGCCACUGGAGGAAAUGAUUACUGUUCACCGCUUCUUGUUGAUGCCGGUUUCAAUCCAGCACGGUUGUAUGGCGCCUCCAAAGCGAGUCUUCAAACGCUUGUUCACAUGUUUUACCACCGUCACGGCUUCGAAGCAUAUUAUAUCUUUCUACUUCCAAUCCUUGUCCAGCUGGGCUUUGACUUGAUAGAGCGCCUACGUACCCUGGAGGCGCAGCAAGAGCAUUUUCCGCCCAUAAUGAAAGCCACCAGAGCCACACUCAUACUGUGCGCUAAGGGCUUGCGCGACCAAGGCCGAAACUUUUUUCUAUCCGAACUCGUGUUCCGCAUCCUGCAAGAUAACAUGAACCCUGCUGAUGUGAAGUUGCUCAAGGACUGGGCACGCAUCAGGGGCGAACUGCAGUCUCAGAAUAGCUGCAUAGGCGUAUCAACGAUGUCUGCAUAUGCCGCGCAAGAGCCCAAAUCUCUGUAG